CCUUCUGUCUUCACACACACACACACACACACACACACACACACACACACACACACACACACACACGCACACACACACACGCACACACUCACCCACUCUCCCUCUCCUUUUCUCUCUCCUUCACUGUCCCCUCCCUCAGUUCUUCCUCUCCAUCCUCUGCUGUUUCGCUGUCUUAUUCUCUGUUUCUCUUUUUCCCUUUCUUUCCACAGUGUGAACCUCCCUCCCCCUUUUUUUUAAUCCCCACCACCUCUGCUUUCCAUCUCCAUCCUCCCCCCUUCCUCCAUCUCCCUUCAUAUUCACCCCAUCUUUUAUUUCUUUUCCGCUGUUUCUCUCUUGCCUUGGAAAAAGAAAACGGAUAUACUCUCACCUUCCCUUUUCUCCGCUCUUUCUCUCUCUCAUACUAAAUUCCAAGACCACCCUCUUUCCUCUCCUCUCUCUUUCUUUGCUCACUCUCUCUAUUUCCCUGUGGCCCUCCCCCUCCCUUUUCAUGUUUCCCCCUCCCUCCAUCCUCUCUUUCCCUCGCUGGUUCAGUUAGUCAAAGAACAGAUUCACGGAAGGAAAGAAAAGGGGGGAAAGGCAGGACGAGAGUGAGAGUGCAGGAGUGGGGCAGGCUGGGGAGAGGGGUGUGGGGUCUCAGCCCUCUGUCGUGGGGGGUUGGGGGGGUUGAGAUACACCCCAAUAUUUUGUUCUAAGUACCAUGGACUGCCUCUGCAUUGUGACUACAAAGAAGUACAGGUACCAGGAUGAGGAGACGCCCCCCUUGGAGCACAGUCCAGCACAUCUGGCUCCAGGGAAAAGUGCUGAGAUGCUUCAUAUGAGUGACAAGAACCUUGCUGCCAUGGAGGCCAUACAUGGCUACACACCACACACACAUAUUUCUCCUGUCAAGCCUGUAUUGAUGUCUACGGGACACACUCCAAUGUACACCUCCGCUGUUUCCACACUGGGAAAUACUCCUCCAGUGGUGGUGAACACUGACACACUCGAUGGCUCCCCAUAUGUGAAUGGGACAGAAGGUGAAAUCGAGUAUGAGGAGAUCACACUGGAGAGAGGUAACUCAGGCCUUGGCUUCAGCAUAGCAGGAGGAACAGACAAUCCACAUGUGGGCGAUGACCCCAGCAUCUUCAUCACCAAAAUCAUACCUGGAGGAGCCGCAGCUCAGGAUGGACGACUGAGUGUGAACGACUGCAUCUUAUUUGUGAAUGAUGUUGAUGUAAGGGAGGUGACACACAGCCAAGCUGUGGAGGCUCUUAAGGAGGCAGGUGCUAUCGUCCGCCUCUAUGUUCUCCGCAGAAAACCAGCAGCGGAGAAAGUCACUGAAAUCAAACUCAUCAAAGGACCUAAAGGAUUAGGUUUCAGCAUUGCUGGAGGGCUGGGAAACCAGCACAUACCAGGAGAUAACAGUAUCUAUGUCACCAAGAUCAUUGAAGGCGGGGCGGCUCAUAAAGAUGGCCGCCUGCAGAUUGGGGACAAGAUCUUAGCGGUGAACCAUCUGGGUCUGGAGGAUGUGAUGCAUGAGGAUGCGGUGGGGGCUCUGAAGAACACAACCGAGGUGGUGUACCUCAGGGUAGCCAAGCCCAACAACCUGUUCCUGACCAACUCCUACAACCCGCCAGACCUCACCAGCACAUAUUCCCAUAUGGAUACUGAACUCAGCCACCCCAACUACCUUGGGUCAGAUUACCCACAAGCCCUCACUCCCACCUCACCUAGUCGGUUUUCUCCCGUUCUGCAUGGCAUGAUGGGAGAUGAUGACAUCCCCAGGGAGCCUCGCAGAGUUUUGAUCCACCGAGGCUCCACAGGUCUGGGAUUCAACAUUGUUGGAGGAGAGGACGGAGAGGGAAUCUUUAUCUCUUUCAUCUUGGCAGGGGGGCCAGCUGACCUCAGCGGAGAGCUGCACAAGGGCGAUCAGAUCCUCAGCGUGAACGGCGUGGAUCUGCGUAUGGCCACACAUGAACAGGCAGCUGCGGCAUUGAAGAAUGCUGGCCAGACAGUGACCAUCAUCGCUCAGUACAGACCCGAUGAGUACAGCCGUUUUGAGGCUAAAAUCCAUGACUUGAGGGAACAGCUGAUGAACAGCAGCAUGGGCUCUGGGACCACAACGCUAAGGAGCAACCCAAAGAGAGGCUUCUACAUCAGGGCCCUUUUUGACUAUGACAAGACUGCGGACUGUGGCUUCCUCAGUCAGGCAUUGGGCUUCAAGUUUGGGGAUGUGCUGCAUGUGUUGGACUGUGGAGACGAGGAGUGGUGGCAGGCCCGUAAGGUCAGCCCCCAGAAUGAGGCUGAGGAGGUCGGCUUCAUCCCCAGCAAGCACAGGUCAGACACACUGGUGGAGAGAAAAGAGUGGUCUCGUGGUAACACCAAAGAGAGGGACCAUGGUCGAGACAGCUUGAGCACUCAAGGGAGAGAUAAAACCACACACAGUUAUGAGACCGUCACCCAAGUGGAAGUUCAUUAUGCGAGGCCCAUCAUCAUUCUGGGUCCUGUGAAAGACAGAAUAAAUGAUGACCUGUUGUCUGAGUUCCCUGAUAAGUUUGGAUCUUGUGUCCCACACACCACGCGGCCCAAGAGGGAGUAUGAGGUGGAUGGGCGGGACUAUCACUUUGUGUCGUCACGGGAACAAAUGGAGAAGGACAUCCAGAGCCAUCGGUUCAUCGAGGCGGGCCAGUACAACAGUCACCUGUAUGGCACCAGUGUCCAGAGUGUCCGCGAGGUGGCUGAGCAGCAGGGGAAACACUGCAUCCUGGAUGUAUCGGCCAAUGCUGUGCGCAGACUACAAGCGGCUCAGCUUCAUCCCAUCGCCAUCUUUGUCCGGCCCAAGUCACUGGAGAAUGUCCUUGAGAUCAACACUCGCCUGACAGAGGAGCAGGCCAGGAAAGGAAUGGACCGAGCCCUCAAGCUAGAACAAGACUUCCUAGAGUGUUUCUCAGCUGUCGUGGAAGGGGACAGCUUUGAAGAGGUCUAUCACAAAGUAAAGACAGUGAUCGAGGAGCAAUCAGGGCCUUACAUCUGGAUCCCCACUCGGGAGAGGCUGUGAUGCUGCACUCGCCCAACCACCCCCUUCCUCACAACCACCGACCGACACCACCCUUCACCCUCACAGCCAAGCCAGCCUCGCCUGCCUGUCUGUCCUCCAGCAAAGUCAGUGCUUAGGCAAUCACUGAGAAUGACACAGAGAGACAAAUGCAUACUAAGACAAACACAGAGACAGAGACAAACACAGGAAGUGACACAGCGAGGCAAAGAGCGAUACCAAAAAAGAGACUCUGAGACAGAUGUGAACGCAGUGAUGUGUAAUUAAGACUGAAAGAGACUGAGAGAAAAGGCUUAAUCAGUAUUCCACUUUAAUGAGGCAUAGUUUUGAGGCCCUGUUCACACUUAGCAUUAAAAUGCAUCUUGGCCACAAGUGGACAGCUCCAAAUACAGCUGUGACUGCAUCCAAAACUGGGGAAGCCAAUGUCCUAAAUGCAGCUGAUUUAGCGCUGCCAAACAACUUAGUGCGUAAUGUGUAGUUUUCCUGUUAGGAUGCAGUUGCAGUUUCCCAACACACAAAAGCAAACGGGAAGCGAAAUCCAAUCACAAGUGAUUACUUGAGAGAUUUCAGAUGCAUUCUGAUGCCAGGUGUGAACUGCAGUCCAUGUCAUCAGGAUCUCAACACAGUCUGGAUAUAUCUGGACACAAGACUAUAGGUCUGAACAGGGCUUGAAAGAGAGCAGAGGUUGACCCAGCAGGGAUGGACCCUGAGGUAGUAUUAAGACCACCUCAUCCUCCCCACCUCCUCUCAAGUCUCACGCCCCCAUUGAGCACCUCCAUGCGCCUUUGUCUCAGACAGUGUUGCUCAAAAGAGACACUGGCCACUCUUUUUAUGUCACCUCCUGGCUUUCUCUCCUCCUCCUCCUGUCAGCUCUGCCUUGUUUCAGGACAGGAAAGGGGGAAGACUGAGAACGGGGCGCCCAGAUCCUGCUGAGGGGGGUCUUUUCUUGGCAAAGAGUCCUUUUUCUUGUGAAUCUCCUCUUGGUUCUGAGGGUGAACUCAGAAUAACACCUCAGUGACCAAGACUGACAUUUGCUCAAUCACCCCAUGUUGAAUAUUGCGAGGCAUUAUUUAAAGGCAGUUCAAAUAAUUAUAAUGAUAAAAGCUCAUAUGCUGAAUUUGUGCAUGCAUCCUCAAAGACAAUGGAGACAAAAACAAUGGAAAAAUCUGACUAAAAAAAAAGGCGAGAAAGUAGGGUGUGUUCUCCUUCUCCACCUCCUUAUUGUGGAGGAGUUUUUUAGCAUGUCUCAUGAAGGAAGAAGAGAAGAGAGACAUGGUCAUGAGAUAUGGUCAUAUGGAGAGGCCAGUCCUGAGCUCAGUAGAUGCUCUGACUUACAGUUUAGCCUCUGCUCUCUUACGCACACACACUCACGCACCCAUACACAAACAUACCCAUACACACUCACACCCAUCCACUGGCACAUACACACACAUACACACACACACGUAGAGUUGUAACCUCAGCUGUAAUCUAGCACACUCCUCUACCAGGGGAAGGGGGGGUGGACUGGCUGUUCUGACCUGCUAGUCAGAAUCCUGGAUGAAUGUUAUCUCUCUAGGCACAAACAGCAGAGCUGUUAGCUUCAUCACCGGCGACCAACUCACCGAUCACUCUUCCAAAACAAUCCCUCAGCCGCAGACGUACACACUGUUUCCAGUGGCCGCAGUAAAAGCCAUGGCGUUUGUGUGUGUGUGUCUGUGUGCGUUUGUGUGCGUGUGUGUAUGUGCGCGUGGGUCUCCGUGUGUGCGCAUAUGUGCACAUCCAUGUGUGGAAACUCCUCUGUGUGGGAGGAAUAGGUCUUCUUUUAUUCUCUCUCUUCCACUUUUUCUCUGCUUCUUUCUCCCUCUUGUGUCCACACAAAUUAAAGCUAAGUCAUGUUUAACAAAUAAAUGGCCUAUAUAUAUAAAUAUAAAUAUAAAUAUGAAUAUAAAUAUAUAUAUAUAUAUCUUUUUUAUGACAAUUUCUAACGGGACUAAGUCUGUAAAAAUCAACAUCUCCAAACAAUAUUCCAUUGAUUUCUUUGGGUAAUAUUGCAGUUUGGUUGUUGAAUUUACUCACGUUCCCAUUUUAUUGUUGUAAAACGCAGCAAAAAUCUACACAGAAAUAACUGAACAGUUAAAGUCAAUGUAAAGCAGACCUCACACUAGAGCUUUGAACUGACAUAUUUGACAUAUUCUUGUGUACGUUGAAAACGAAUUGAAACAACAUGUACAAUGCAGCCGUGUGUGUCUGUGUGACUGUGUGCGCGUGCCUACUACGUGCGUUUGCUGCUUGUGUGUGCGUGGGUGACAAGAAAGCGUGCGUUGUGUAUGAAAUAUAAAUGAUACUAUAUGAGAAUAUCUAUCCUUUAUAACAUCCACUGGUGGUUAUAAUGUAUAAUACAUAAAUGGGUGGUGUGCGUAUGUGUGUGUGCCAGAGCGAGAGAGUGAGACACGCACAUGAAGAUGUAGUGCAAUACUGCUAUGAUGUUAUGCAAUGAAGAUGGUUCUACGUGUGUCUAAGAUUAAAACAGUAUUUAUAAAGUUUGCACUGACUGCAUCAUAUGCUACAGGUAUCAGUGAGAAACGGACGUGAGCAAAAGGACUCCAAGGUUUUAUGAGCAUGUGUUUGUGUUUACUUAUAAUUUGUUCUGAAUUAUAAGAGUGAAGGUGGAAGUAUUGAUGGAAGUGACCAUUCAUAUUUAUUGUUUGUUUAUUUUGGCUCACUUGCUUUCUCUCGGCUCAAGGUGGAACAGCUGGAGUCUGCUGAGUGACAAGUAUCAAUUUCUGUUUUUGUUUUAUGAUUUACUAUUUAUUUAGAACUGUCACCGGUUCCAUCUCAAGUCUGUAUAUUUUUGUAUUUGUUUUGGGGGUUUUUUCCACAUUGAGAGAGCUUUUGGGUCUCGGCCAGAAAUGCUGUAAAUACAAUAGAGAUGUUGGAGUGCUGUGUGGCUUUAGGUUUAGCCGUGCACACUGCUGAAUUGUGAAAAAGUACAGAAUCCAUCAGAGCCACAGCCCAGUUAAACUGCUCAAACACAGAAACAACAUCUGCACGCUCCGAGUGGGCAACACACACACACACACACACACACAUACACACGCACACACAGAUUUCAGCACAUUCAUUUACAUUUACACAAUGAGAGAAUCACAGCAACAGCAACACAUGACAACACAUCCAUGAAUGGAGUAAUAUGUUUUCAAUUUCUUUAUUUGAGGGUUCAAUGUAUUUCUUAAUAUCUCUCUCAGCCAUCCGUAUCAUAGUGUGAUAUUCCUUAUAAAAUAUAUGAAUUUUUACAGAAAAGACUGAUUACAAAGUUACAACAAAGUCAACUGAUGCAGAAAAAUAUAUUUAACAAUGACAAUAUCAAGCAAAAUAAAAUGUUCCAGUUCAGUGAAGCGCUUGUUGUAAAUUAGCUAUAAAAUAAUAAAAUGAAUUUAAAAAUGCUUUCUGAAAA